AUGGAAAAUGAAAAUGAAACAUUACGUCCUUAUCCUAUCGAUCCAUCACAAGAUAAAGUUAUUAAAAAAAUAGUUUUUGCUAAAAGAAAAUUAAAGCCGCAAUUAACAUCAUUUUUAUUUACAAUUUUAACAUAUUCAUUAAAACUAUUAAGUAAAUAUAAAAAUAAAAAAUUAACUGAAAAAAAUAAAAGAAAUUCCUCCAAUAUAUAUAUCAACCUCAACUUCUACAAUGGAUUUAACAUUUUAUUAUAUUGUUCGUUAUGUGAUAAUGGUUUUAUUGAUCAAUCUCAAACUCCACUAGUAUCAAUAAGUGUUGAUGGUGAUAAUAUUUUAGCUGUUGAUAAAAAUCAAAUAAUUCAUUGUGCUAAAAGUAAUCGAAUUAUAUGUAAAGUUUCAUUUGAUUGUCCGAAAUGGCAAAUAAUUGAAUCACGAGUUAAAUGA